AUGGCCGACCAGGCUGCUCGGAGACGCAUGCCUGCAAAGGGACAGAAGCCCUCUCGUCUUCGUCAUGAAAUCCGGCCAGAAUCAGCCGAAGACAAGAGAGAAAGUCAUAACCAUGUUGUUCAAGAGCCGCACAGCGACGUGGUCAUCCCCAAUACCCAAACCGAUUCCAGCAGACAUGCCAAGGAACACUUAGAAAUCUACGACUCCACAUCCGAUUUGUCCGAUAUCCCCUUGAGUCCCAAUUCGCUAGCCACCCUCAGUCGCUUCGGAGCGUCCAAAAAGACAAGCGUUUUGGAAUCCGAUCCGGCUAUUUUCAAGACUUUCACGAAGAACCCUCCUGAAAUUGAGAGUGCAUCAGUCUUUACACCGCAUGUAUUCCCUCACAAGCAACCUACCGUCCAUAAAAGCUCGAAAUUGUCAUCAAACCAGGAGAGCCGCAAACAGGAAUCGCAUGAUGAUCCUCCACUCGCUACAGCAGCAGCUGUCCCUUUGCAAGGAGUCACAGCCCUAUUCAAAGAUGUGCAGGAUAGUACACGAUUCCAAGUAAUGCAAUCGCCUAGUUCAUUAUCUAAGUUUCCAACGUCCCUCUCCCUUGCUAAAGAACCUGAAACCACAGAGAGGGAAAUAGCACUUUCCCUUCCACCGUCAUCUCCAGGCAUCAAAAUGAAGGACCCGGCAAAAAACAAUGUCAGUCUCAAGAAAUACAAGGAGCACUCGAAGAAAUCGCCAACCCAACGACUGGGUGGAUCAUGGCCUUUUCUACAAACCCAUUCUGUUGGUCACAUCCACAACUUCAACAACGCUGGUGGAGCUGUACCUAAUGAGGUUAUCCAAUUGCCCGAACUUUCUGCAUUCCAGACAUGCAAUGCCCAGUCCCAAGUUGUCUCCAAAGUUAAUGUGGAGUUUCCGCUUUUCAAUCAUGAUCACAAGAAACUCGCACCAGACUGCUCAACUCACGAAACACAUGCCCGGAAAGAAACCCAUACUGAGCUUGGGACAGUAGCGUACGACGAAAUGAGAGAUCUGGCUCAAUGUAUGCCUCUGGUUCUCUUGGAUACAUCGGCGCAACACGCCGUUCCAACUUCUGCUUUGCAGCCUUCGUCUCUUAUUAGUGGGCAACUCCAUAUCGCCGAGACGGGUGAGAAAUCCGUACACGCAAGCGAUGAUGAGACCAAAGGGUCUCAGUGUAAGAUGGGCAAUGUGAAACACCAAGAUCCGAUUUCAUCUGAAAAGGCCCGUGAAGAUACUGUACCAGAUUCCAUUGACCUCAGAGGUGAUCAACACGAGCGCCAGUCUCAAGUGCAUCCAAGCUACAACUUUAAACCACCUAUUGCACGAAGUGUCACAUCUAGAUAUAUAUUGCACGGGACUUCAAGCAGAGGAGGAUCAGAUCGCGUAACCAAACCACGAGGAAAUUCACGUGGGGACAGCAAAUCUACAUCCAAAUUAUUCAGAGCAUCCACGUCACCUGCCAUCGAACGCUCGGUUGAGGACUUAAGACUGGCGUUCUUGGCAGAAAGCUUCCGAAAGCAUCACGAGUACACCACACAAUUGAAAAAUAGUCAAGAGCAAGUUACCACACUUCUCCAACAAGUUGACCGCCAGAGAGAAAUGAUUGCAGACUACAUGAAGCAGCGAGAUGAGCAGAAGAAGACAUUGAGCAGUCUGACCAGCAAAGCGAAAAACAACCAAAAGUUCCUAGAGGGCCUCCGGAAUGACUGUGAAAAGUUGAAAAAACUGGCUGCGACGACUGAGGAGCACAAAAAGAAAGUCCUGCAAGCAAAAAUAACUGAAAUCGAAGAAGAGAAGCGGGGCAUUGUGGAAGAUUUUGAAACGGCCGCUUACAAACUCUCAAAUAGUCAGAGGAAAAUGAGGGCGGUGGCUGAUGAGCUCCAUGUACAACUUGCUGUAGCCAAUUCAGUGAACAAAGCUUUGACCGAAAGAUUGAACAGACUAGAAGCGGAGUGUACAAGCGAAAGGGAAAAGCGAGAAAAGAUUGAGAACGAAGUCUUCGGUCGAGUUCAAAGCCUGCAACGCCAGUUCAACGACGGUUCGAAUCUCGUAGCGAAGAAACUAGAGCUGCUGCAAACUUCGAUCGAGAAGGCUGCCACGCACAACCCCCAAAACACCAAAAUCGAGGAAUGCCUCAGCAUACUGAAUAACCUACAAAAGGAGUCCGUCUUGACGUUGGAAGACGUCCAUAAGGCAGAGGGAAUAUUGCGCAUCGUCCAGGAACGCAUCGAAUCUGGUCUAAAAGAAUUCUCCCGGGCGCUUGUUCGCAGUGCCCCACCCAGUACAGAUUUUCACGCAUCGAUAAAAGAACAGUUAGAUGAUUUACGAACAAAAAUGAUGAGAUAUGAAGAGAUUGCUGCCGAGAAUCGUAGGAUCAAUAGCUUAAACACUGAACUCACGAAGCAGUUGAUAGACCAGCAGCAUGAAUCUUCUCGCCUCAUCGAACGAGUUGAACAUCUACAGCAGAUCGAGGUGAAUCUACAGCAACGAUCUCGCGAACUGGAGCGCGACCUAAAUGACUUGAAGAUAGCAACUGACUCAUCUCGUUCGGAGAUGUCAGCAUCUGAAAAGAUCAACCUUGACCUGCGCCAACGGCUCAAAGAAGCUGAAAAUGAACUGAGGUCAGCCAGCGAAAAGAUUGAUAACGGAGAAAAACUGCGACAGGGUCUCCAGAAGGACGCAACUGAGUACAAGAAGCGUUACGAGGCUGCGCAAGAAGAGAGAACAAAAGCGGUUCAGGAGCAUAUGGAUGAGAAGCAGAAUGCUGCGACAAUUCGUGACACAAUCUCGAAGGAAUGUGAAAUCAAGCUGGCUGAAAAAGAGCACGAACAUAUAUGUGAAAUCAACCGACUUCAGCUCAUCCUUAGUGAGAAAGAGAUGUUCAACUGUUCCCUGAACCAAAGGCUCAGCACUACAGACGAGCAGCUUGUGGAGCUUCAGAAGAAGCUUAAGGACCAGAAUGAUGAAAAUACUGGAUUGCGGGUUCAGAUAUCGCAACAACAAUCUGAUAUGAAGGUGCUGCGUCAAGAGACGGAUGACCGAAUGUGUCAAAUUGGACGAGACGCUCAGAAUGAAUUGCAAUCGAGCCAGGACAAAAUCAAGGCAUUAAAGCGCGAAAAUCAAACACUCCUUUCCAGGCUAGAAAAAGGUUGUGUAGAUGAGCAGAGAGAGAAAGAAGUCGAAACGUCUUUGCAUGCUGAGAAGGCUCGUUUGCAAGAGGAAUUGCGCAACCUGUACUCUGUGGUUGAUGACAAGAACAAGGAGGUGGCGCGGAUACGCAACGAAGCUGCCGAUGAAAACCGAAAGCUCAUUGAAGGGCAUGGCAAUGAUGUUCAAGAAUAUAGGCGCCGCUUGGCUGAAACGAAUGCCAUGUUGAGGGAAGUCGAGGCGAGGGGUAUAUUAUUGGAAGACCAGUAUCAAGCCCGGAUUGAGGCGGACCGAAAGGCGGCGGAGUCCAAAUUGCUCGCACUAGAAAAGGAAUUCGGCAAUGCACUCCAAGGAGCCAAAGAUCAGAGUGCGCCGAGCCAAUGGCAUAGCACUCAAGACACGACCCCAGGCCUAUCUAAUUCCAAAUCUGUCCAAAACAUACCCACCACAAAACCUCGAAAGAAAGUGAAUCGGGAUAAUCAAUCAGUAAUAGAGGCUACCCAAGAGCAGACCGGUAGCCUGCAAUUUCCGCCAUCUGUCCGUGCCGAGAUUUCACAAGCCCAAUCUAUUGACCCAGAUCUAUUUUCGGUUCUUUUCGAUGACGGUAACAGCGCGCAGACAGAUGGAAUCAAUAAUAGCUCGAUAUUCAAUCAUGGUUUCAAUACAGUUCCAGGAACCCAGGAUCUAGGGGACUUGACACUUUCGCAAAUGUUUUUCUCAGAGAGAGCUGACCAAGAUCCACAAGAAGAUACCUUGUAUCGGGACUUGAUCUCAACCGAGCUAACCAGUAUAGCAUCAGAAGAGCUGACACAAAUGCAGAAAGAAGCGGAAUCUAUCUCAAGACCCAAAGUCCACGGAGAGGGUUCCAAGUCAGAUAAGCCUGGAAAGUCUCUGGAUACCGGAGAAGCAAGUUCAAUUGAUAUGGGAAGAACCCGCAUGGAAAGCUCUCAUUCAUAUUCAUCCCAAGAACGACCCAGGUCGCAAGCCAAUACAUCAUCUCGGAUGAUGCCUCGGGACAGUUCCUCUCCACAGAUCGAAACCCUACCUAGGUCUCGAGUAUUUCGAAUCAAGCUACCUAGUCAUCAGGAAAGAUUUGACGAUAUCCCUGAGAAUCUCAGCGGCACCGGUCUCCCAUAUACGCGCAAACGUGAUAGAAACCAGACUGAAAGGGAUUCGACCUCGAAGAGGCAGCGUGUGUUACCCGCAGCUAGAUCCGGAGUCUCUUCUUCUGGCUCCCAGAAGAUUUCUUCACGUUCUUCUAGACAGUCUGAUACGGGAUUGGGCUCAUUGAAGAGAGAUGCGUCAGAUACAAAAUGCACUCCCUCGAAAUCGCCCCAUCCAAGGUCCCAGGACCGUUCUUUUGAGACUCAAAGUCGUACUCACACCCAAGUUUCUCCGGAAAAGGCUUAUAUAUCCCGUCGACAAGGAUCUUCGCAGCCAUCUACUGCUCUACCAACGCGGCGCUCUUCUCGAGUCGCACGUAGUAAGAGCAGAAACGGUACCGCCUUCAGAGAUGAUUUUAGUGACAGAUUCAAUGAGGAGCUACAAGGAUGGCACUGA